AUGACAGUGAAGAAUGUCUGUGCAGAGAGGUGGUGCAGCUGCAACCUCGUCCUGCUCCACCGGCCUCAGAUGGGUGCUGCUUGUAUUCAGCUCCUGCUGGCUGCCACCCUGUGGACGACACCUCACAUCGGAGCUGCUGCUGUGCUGUCGAGCUCCACAGAGCUGCUCAACACAACCAGGUCUGGAGCUGAGACACAGUCAGACUUCAGGAUGCUCACUGGAGCUGUCAGCAGACGUAAACGAGCCAUUUCAUCCAGAGAGAUCAACGCUCUGCUGGAUUACCACAACCGAGUCCGCUCUCAGGUCUUCCCCCCCGCAGCCAAUAUGGAGUUUAUGCUCUGGGAUCAGGGACUCGCUAAGUCAGCAGAAUCCUGGGCUUCACGAUGCAUUUGGGAUCACGGUCCAACACAAGCCAUGAGACAAAUGGGCCAAAACCUGUCAAUCACCUCAGGAAGGUACCAGUCCAUCACUGAUCUGGUCCGGUCCUGGUACGAGGAGAGGCAUCACUUCUCCUUCCCGAACAGAUGCAGUGGAUCAGUGUGCUCUCACUACACUCAGAUGGUGUGGGCGAGCACCAACAGAGUGGGAUGUGCUGUCAGGAAGUGCUCUAACAUGUACGUGUUUGGGAGCACAUGGAAGGAGGCAACGCUGCUGGUCUGCAACUACUCUAUAAAGGGGAACUGGGUGGGAGAGGCUCCCUAUAAGAGCGGGAAGCCUUGUUCUGUCUGUCCGUCCAGCUACGGCGGCUCCUGCUGGAGAAACCAGUGCUCACCAAACAGAAAACCCAAAAGACUUACAAAAUAUUAACGCAACAAAGUGUUUUAAACGUCUUUUAAUGGAAGAAAAAAGUCAUAAAGUUUUAACCUACACAAAGGCUGCAUAACAAAAUGACGCAGCUGUCCAGUUACCACUAUAUUCAAAGUAAAUCUUUAUUAAUGAAUGACACACAGGUGAGUUAAUGGUAUGAGUGUUUGUUUGUUUAUAGCUGUUGGUAACUGACAGAAUCAUUUUCUUUCAUUUGGUAAAAUAGUUGCCUGUUUUAUACUUCUUGAAGAGAGUUUUUGCACUUAUUGAUGAAUAUUAGUGAACGUUUGAGAGGCAUUGAGCAAAAAAUAAGCACUUUUCUUGUACAGAUUAUAUAUUACCUUUAAUGUGGUAUUGAUUCUCUUUCUAAUUAAUGUGAUUAAGUAUUUUAGUUGUUCGGUGUGAAAAACUGUCAAGUCAUCCCUGCGGUCAAUGUGUUUAAUUCAUAGUUGUCUGUUUGCCUGACAGAACCUUAAUUUACAUUACAUUACAGUCAUUUAGCAGACGCUUUUAUCCAAAGCGACUUACAAUCAGUAGUGUAUUACAUAUCAUUCACCCAUUCACACACUGAUGACAGGCUACCAUGCAAGGUGCCACCAUCAGACUCUAACUAACAUUCAUCAUCCAGUCCACACCGAUGGCAAGCCUUCGGGAGCAACUUGGGGUUAAGUGUCUUGCCCAAGGACACAUCGAAGCCGGGUAUCGAACCACCGACCCUCUGAUUGGAGAACUACCUUGCUCUCCACUACGCCACAGCCGCCCCGGUUAUAAAUAACUGAUGACGCUGUAUAUCCCUAUAUAUUUAUAUAUGUAUUGGCUGUUCACUACUUAGUGUAUAUUCACAGCUGCUGCAGGACAUUUUCUGUCCUUCAUUUCACCUCAUUAAAUCUCUGUAUUUACCCCUCAGAGACUUUCUGUGCCAUAAAACAGGACACUAAUGCAGCUUUUAUGGUCUGAAAUAUGAGGGAAAUCAGGGGAAUCAGCUGUGCCUCCCAACCAAUUUAUAAACACACACACACACACACACACACACACACACACACACACACACACACACACACACACACACACACACACACACACACACACACACACACACACACACACACACACAAACAGAACCACUAACAGCAAACUUAAUAUUUUAUAUGGAAACCAUUUUUGCCAAGUAAACUAAAUCCCAACAAACAAAAGUGUAAAAAGCCCCCAAGCUCAGCCUUUCACUUACUGUAAUGACUGUUUAUUUAAGAGCUCUUUGUUCAGAAAAUGGAGAGCAGCUGGAAGUGGCUGGUCAGCUUUCUCUUGUGCAGUUCUGGUUAUUAGGCUAUAAUUACAUUGGUUGUUUUUAACUCUGUAUACAAUUACUGGUAGUGUUCACGUUGUCAAUGCCAGUUCAUGUCUGUGCUGUAAAUAUUAAGUUACAGCCAGGCCACUGUUAACUUUAACUUAAGCAUAAAGACUGUAAACUGGGGGAAACAACAUCUCUGUCUGAGAAAAUUGCUUAUCAGCAAGCUCGUUAAUGAGCAUACUUUGUUUAAUCUGUUUAAAAACUGAACUGUAAAAAGUACAAAUUGUGUUUUCUUUCCUGAAGUCAUGCCAAGAAAUAGUCCAACACAUAAACCCCAGUAAAACCAGAACUUGUUUUUUUUUUUCUAUAACUUUUGUAGAGAUUAAACAAAUGCGUAGUAACAUGUUAAUUAGUACAUUUUAGAGGGUUUGUUACUUUUGGACAGAGAUUAGCUAGCUAUUUGGCACUGUUUCCAGUCUUUAUGGUCUUUAUGUUAAGCUAAGCUAGAUGGCUGCGGGCUAGUUUCAUAUUUAAUGUACAGAUAUGAGAAUGGCAUGGAUCUUCUCAUCCAACUCUCGGCAAGAAAGCCAAAAGGGCGU